AUGCAGCUGGCCGUGCUGACCGUGCUGUACGCCAUGAGUGUACUGCCUGGCACCCUGGCCCUGCAGCUUCCCCGGAAGGCAGGAGGCAUGAGUGAGCUGCCGUGGGAACAGGCUCAGGACUAUCUGAAGAGAUUUUAUCCAUCUGACUCAAAAACAAGGGACCCCAAUAGUUUAGAAGUCGAACUCAAGCAGAUGCAAAAAUUCUUUCGCCUGCCUAUAACUGGAACAUUAAGCUCCCAUAUUAUAGAAAUCAUGCGGAAGCCCAGAUGUGGAGUGCCAGAUGUUGCAGAAUAUUCCCUAUUCCCAGAUCGCCCAAAAUGGACUUCCAAAGUAGUCACCUACAGGAUCAUGUCAUAUACUCGAGACUUACCACAUGUCAUAGUGAAUCAAUUAGUGGCAAAGGCCUUCAACGUGUGGAGCAAAGAGAUCCCACUGAGCUUCAAGAGAGUUAGCUGGGGAAUUGCUGAUAUCAUGAUUGGCUUUGCAAGAGGAGCUCACGGGGACCCCUACCCAUUUGAUGGGCCAGGAAACACACUGGCUCAUGCCUUUGCACCUGGGCCAGGCCUGGGAGGAGAUGCUCACUUUGAUGAGGAUGAACGCUGGACUGAUGGUAGCAGUAUAGGAAUUAAUUUCCUGUAUGCUGCAACUCAUGAAGUUGGCCAUUCCUUGGGUCUGGAUCAUUCAUCUGAUCCUAAUGCUGUGAUGUAUCCAACUUAUGGAGAAGGUGAUUCCAAGAAUUUCAAACUUUCACAGGAUGAUAUCAAUGGAAUUCAGAAAUUAUAUGGAAAGAGAAAUGAUUCAAGAAAAAAUUAG